AUGGCAUUUGAGCUUGAAGAAUGCUCCUCGAGCAGGGAAAACCUUGGAGCGACAACCGCUUCGUUGGAGUUGUUGGCUGGAGAAAGCGAAGAGAAGAAACAGUUUGACGUUGGAUUAAAAGAAAGAUCGGGUGGAGCUUGGAACAUCGCAUUUCCUAACUGGGAAAAAAAGACGACCUCUCUAAGAGCCUCACUCACUCCACCUCCGCAUGAUUUGUUUGACGUCAACAUCCAACAUCUCCAGCUUCAGCACAUAAUUAUGGAGAAAUACAUGCACUUACAUAGUAGCCAUCGGCGGGGACUACAUGUUUGGCAGGACUGGACCAAGCUGACUCUCAAGUACUCGCAGCAUGCACGUUAA